AUGGUAGAAAUCAACGAAAUUGAGUUUAUCGAAGAACCGGAGUACUUCAAACUCCAACAUGGGUCUUGCUUCUGCAUGGUGGAGGAGGAAAAGAAACGGAAGGAAAACUUCUCCACCGAGGAAAAAAAACUUGCGAACAGCAAUUUCACGAUAAGCAAUGCGAAGCAGAAGGGCCUCUACUUUUUUAACAAAAGUUUAAACGUUUUUUCCCUGUCUGACUUUCUGUACAAAAUUGACAAUGAAAACAGCAAGGACAGCAGUGACGGCGGUGACAAGAUAAACAUCAAAUCGCAGCCCUUCGAGGAGAAUGUCCUCUUAAUUGAGAACAACAAGACGGACACGCAGGCCUUUUUGUACACGGACCAGCAGAAUGUUUACGCGUUUGACUAUGGCAGCGAGAAGGUGAAGCUCCUCUGCCGGGUGGACGUGCCCCUGCGGGGGCUCAAGCCUAUAGAUGACCACCUGUUCCUAGCCCUGAGCGCCGACGAACGGGUGCACCUCAUGAGGAACACGCAGCUGUACGAGUGCCAAGAGUGGACGGACCCAGUGAACAACGUCGAUGAGAAAAACGGAGUGUUCCUCUUCACGUACUCAAAUAAAGAAGUGUUCGUUUUGAAGGACCUCCAAAAAAGCAACACAUACGAUCUGAGCAGCAUAAGUGAAGAAAUCAACAUUAGCCAUGAGAAAUGCAAAAUAAUGUGCGCGAAAAUUUUAGAAGCCCAAAAAAACAGGAGGACUAUCUUCCUCAUGGUUUUGUACCUGUACGAGGAGGAGCUAACCACCAUCAUGUAUGACCUGCUCAUAGAACAGGACGAAAUAAAGAGAGUCACCUACUCCACGAAUGAUUUUGAUUUCCAAGAUUUUGAAAACAAUUUUGUCAAAUGUAUUUACAUAAGCGAGUGGCAGACGGUGGUGGCCAUUUCCUCCGAGUCAUGCGAGGCGGUCGUUUACACCCGAAAUGGGAACAUGACUUGGGAGGGAAGUGGCUCUCCCCCGCUGGGGGCACCAAACGCGGCAGAUGCGUACGCAGCAGACCCAUACGCAGUAGAGGGGAACCACUCCGGUGGGCUAAAAUUCCUGAGCGUAAUGGAGGGAUACAAAAUAAACACGCGAGACUCGGAAACGUUUUUCCUCUCCCUAUUUAUGUACUCUAAAUAUGAAGACAAAAUUUAUAGGAAAAGUAAAAUAGGGAAUGUCCCCUUUUUGAAGAACCCCUGCGUUUUCUUUGCCCUCCAAGAUAAUCACAAAAUUGUGGUGGAAUAUUUGGACAAGUACAAGCUGGUCGACAAUACAGAUUUUUCUCCCACCGCUGUGCAGGAGGGAGAUGCGAAUGAAUGCGGGUUGAAAGAAGUGACUGUCCUUCCGGAUUUGAAACAGGACGUGAUAGAGGUGCACGGGGAGGUCUCCCCCAAUGUGUUUAACGUGUUCAAAGUUAAGGAGAGGGUUGCCCCUAAUAGGGAGGAACCAACCGAAGGGAAGGAAACCAUUGGGGAGACCAAAAAGGAAAGCUUCUUUGACCUCUUCCAAAGUAAGGCUAAGUCCACCAGUGAGGGGCAAACCGUCGAGGGUACGGGGAGAAGUGCCGAGGAGGAGGUACCCCCAGGGGAGGAAGCCACCUGUGCGGUGGGCCAACAAAGUGGCGUAAAUGCGCAGAUGAGUCCAACCGCUAAUGCCCCCCACGAGAGGGAUCGGAAGAACCAACUGGCCAAGGAACGGCAGCGUCUGUACAGGUGCAUUCGCAGAAGCGCGAAAGUGUACGAAGAUGAAAGUUUCAUUGUGAAUGAGUUACCAGAGGGGUUUAACAAGUUAAUAAAAAGUGGCAUCUAUUUCUGCGAAGAUUUUUUGAACCACCUGAAUGUGCAUUCCAUAGAGAGGAGGAAAGGCCCCAAGGUAGGCUCAAGGAAGAAGGAGUGCUAUUACGACAAGGGGGGAGACAAAAUUGUAUUCUUACGUGACAGUGCCAUCGGGGAGGAGGUGGACGAAGCGGGGGUGGAAGACGAUGAAGAGGGGAAGAAGAAAAAAAAAAAACUUCCAAAAAGGAACAGCAAAAAUGAAUUUCACCACCAUUUCCACAGCGAAGAUUUUGACUUUUACAAGCAUAAGAAGUUAUCCGACCGGCAGUGCGAGCGGAUUAUAAAAAAGAUUGAGCGCAAGCAGGGUUUCCUGCGGGAUAUUAGAGGGAUCUUCGUCAGUGAGGAGGGCCCCAACGGUGAGGCGCAGCGGGAAGGACAACCAACGAAGGACCAACCGGAGAAGGACCAACCGGCGAGGGACCAUCCAACGAAGGACCCAUUCAAUAGGAACAUCCAAAUUGACAUCUCCCCCGAAGAGAGGAGCAAAUUCUAUAACCAGUUAGAUGCCUACCUUUCCAAGAGGAAGCUCCUAAAAGUGAGAAAAGAAAUUUUCGACGACUUAAAAAAUGGCCAACUUGGCGCCGGACACAUUUUCGAAACGGUCCUCUACAACCUCUUCAAGCAGGAUGGACUGAAACAUUGUGAAGCGUUCAUUUAUUUUGUGCUAAAAAAUUUGGAGGUGAAAAUAUUCUCCAGUUCGUUUUUUUUACUAGAGCUCUAUUUUGCGCACCUUCUCUCUCCGUACUUAAGGCGGAACGGAACAAGUGCUGCUCCUCCUCCUCCAUCGCUCGGGCAGCAGACCCCACCAAGUGUGAAGCUUCUUUCGUUAAAAGGCCGCUUUGGCACCCCCUUUAGUGGAGCCAACCGGUCCAGUGCUCACCCGAAUUGUGGUGACAAGGAGCCUCCCCAACUGGACAGCGAGUACAGCACAGAUGACUUAUCUGAAGAUGACCUAUUAAAGAAAAUAAAAAAUGAGAAAGACUUUGCCAAAAAGAAUGAAUACCUUGCGAAAGUGAUUCCCCUGUUUAAUGAACCCUCCAGCAGGGAAAGCGAAUGCACUUCGUUUCAUUUGAUGCACGCGGGCAUCCACUUUGUCAACAAGAGGAUGUGCCACGCCCUCUCGCAGAAGCUCUUCCCGAUUCUUGUGGAGAGAAACUUGAACAAGCUGGACGACGAGUUGGGCCUCAUCAAGAACUACCUCUUCGACGUCGUUCUGGGCAGCAGUUAG